AUGAAGGUCCUUGUAUUUGGCGUGACUGGCAAUGCCGGCAAAGAGAUUGUCAACCACUGCUUUGCAGACGAGCGCAUCACCAAGGUCGCCAUCGUAACGAGGAAAGCGGUAUCAAUCGACAUUGAAAGUCACCCCAAGGCCGAGGUCGUCAUGCAUCAGGAUUUUUCCCAAUAUCCCGAGGACAUGAUGCGCCGGUUUGAAGGGGCCGAAGCAUGCUUAUGGGCGAUUGGCGGAAGGGUGAACCAGUUCAACAACGACAAGGAGCUGUGCCGCAAAGUGGGCGUUGAGUUUACGCUGGCGGCUGCGAAUGCAAUGUUGAAAUACCUUGCCGACAAGGUUCCCCAGGGCAAGAAGUUCCGCUUCGUCUUCUGCAGCGGCAAGUACUCGGAGUGGAAUCAGAAGAGGCCUCUUCUCUUCUUGGCCGACUCGCGCCGUAUCAAGGGGGAGGUCGAGAAGGGAUUGUGCGAAAUCGCCGACGAAAACGCCGACAAGUUCGAGACGUGGAUCUUACGGCCAUCCGGCUUCAUCGAACCCAACGCCCCCUUGUCCAAGAGGCUCGUCGGCAGCCUCUACGGCGCCAUCACGACCACUCAAGUCGGCAAAGCAAUGGUCAAGGUGGCUUGUGAGGGGUGGAAGGACAGGAUCAUUGAGAAUGAUGUGCUUCUCAAGAUGUAA